CUUGAUCUUCACUACAACAACACAUAGUCAGAACAUAAUACUAUUUGCCACAUUCGAAAAAAGAAAAUGAAUGUACUUGUGAUCGUGAAAUUUAGUGGACGCCAAACAUGGUAAGACGUAACGCGGGAUAUAGAUGUUGUCUUCUGGCGUCCUUUUCCAUCAGUACUUGUCACACGUGUGGCCAGCCAGACAGUGCGGUGCUCCCGUCUCUUCCGUCUACAUCAUUCACACACCGAAGUUCUGAGUGAUUUUAUGACAGUCAUGAGAAGAGAACAGGCACGCUGGUUUUGUUAAGCUGGAAAGUGAAUAUUAUCGAGGGAGGAGGAGGCUGGUGAUGGCUUUAUGACGACUCGUACCCGCGGCUCCACAACGGCUCAACUUCCUCUGCUACUGACAACUUUCAACUUGUGCACACUCGACAAUACGCUGUGGCGGCGCGAUGCGAGGCUCAGACGUCGCCGGGCCAGCGAGAUGAAAACUGGGGAGGGUUGAGAAGUGCGCGUGAAUACUGGACGAGGCACGCUGUUGGCCGCUAAUGUUGCCUUACGCCCAAUUCCUCAGUCUCCCUGCAUGCUGCAUACGUAUGGACGAAAAGAAAAUGGACACCGUACUGCCAACCAGCGUCUCAGUGCCCACAAGACCCAGCCAACUGUGAUUGUUGUCCUGCUGGUAUUCAGCUGAAAAGUCAUCAGAUCAUUGGCGAGCUGAACAGGACUUGGUAUUCAGGAUUUAUCUCUACGUUCAGCUGCUCCACCUUGGGAAGCAGGCUGAGCAGCGCGGACUUCUGUCUUCUGUCCUUGGGAUGAAUCGCCACAAUUCGCUGAUCCAAUCAGUGACGCGGCACAUUCUCCACAAGACAGACUUUCAGUAUCACAGUGCAUUGAGUUUCAAAGACUGUGGAAAAUUUCUGAUUUAGUCAAACCUAAGUAUCUGUGAAGGCAUUCGGAGACAUAGGAUAGAGGCAACAGUAUUUGGAAGACCUCUAUAAGGAAAGAACUGCCUCUACAAAAGCUACAUAAGAUUAGCGAGAAAAUGCCAGUUUUCACGUGCUUGGCAUUGAUCGUCAAAUAAAUGAACUGAAUAGCGGAAUAACAGCCAUUAAGACCUUCCACCCUGACUAACUCAGUGAACGAGUAAAUUGCACAGCGAUAACACAGUAAAUAUCAUCCAGUAGACUCACACUCGACAUUCACCAAACAAAUAGUGCAUCUCAAAGAAACACACGAAUGCUUGACACCUUUCUCUUCAACAAAACAAGAGAUCCAACAAUGAAGGAUGAAAAAUUUUUUUUUUUUGUUUUGUUGAACUACACCAACCCAUUUAUUUUUUUACUGAUCCAUCCCUUGCUAUGUUAUUGACACGCUAUGUGAAUAUUAUCACAAAAUAAAGAACAGAUCAGCCGCACCAGAAACAUUCGACAGAAACAUACGACGAUAAACUAAAGAACAAAAUGUGCUGCCACCGCUCCGUUACUCGAGGACCUGCGAGCGUCAGCACUGCGUGAAUGACCUCAAUAGCAAUGGUGGCAACAGCAUUGGUAACAUCAACAGCACUGACGUCUCAUUGCGGGAAGAAAUUCAGCAAGUACAUUGAUUUGAUGAUGUUGAAGCGGCGACUCCUGGCGUUCACCACCUGAAGGCUCUUUCACCUGCACCACACCUGCUCCUCUCAGGACGCCUCGCCUCCUGCCGGCGCCCAGCCUGCUCUAGCUGCCUCUGCUGAGGCCUCUGCCCCGACCGCUGCCCAUGCCCCUCGUAAAGCCCGUGCUGAGGCCUCGGGCAGCGCCUGCCACACCUCCCCGCUGACUUUUGCGAUCCUUCCAACCAUGAGUCUACUUCCAACACUUUUGCUGAUCCCUCUGCUGAUAUGCUUGUCAAUACUCCUACUGGCCAUGCUGUUGGCCUCCCUCCUCACGCCUCUGCUGGUACCACUCCAAAUACUCCAGAUCCUACAUAUCGCGAGAACACUUCCAGUACCCUUGCUGACCUUGGUGCUGACUUUCCUCUUUAUGCCUCUUCUUAUACGUUUCCCCAAAUCCUUGCUGAUCUUUCAGCUGGCGUCUCUGCCCAGACCUCUGCUGAAACCCAUUCUGAAAGGGCUGUUGACCAUGGUGUUGUCCCUAAGCAGGCCUCUGCUGACUGGCUUUUCAGUACCCCUUCUGAUCCUUUGGCUGACGCCUCUUUCUUGACCUCUUGUGACACUCGUACCGACUUCCCAGUUCAGGACUCUUCUGACGUGCCUGGUAAAGCCCCUGCUGAGCCGCGUGCUAGACAUUCUGCCUACGCCCCUGCUGAGCCCCGUGUUGUGUACUCUGAUGACGCCACUGAUGAGUCGCUUACUCGAUACUCUGCUGACGCACCUGCAGAGGCAUGCACGGGGCUGCCUGCCAAAGCUCGCUCUGAGCGCAGCGUGGAGGCCGUCAGACCGGGAUGGAUCGCGGGAGGCGCGCCGCGUCCCAGCAGCAGCUGGCCCAGCAUGGAGGGCGGCGAGGUGUAUUGGCCAGGGUCGUGUGUGGAAGGCUACAGCACCAGGUACGCGUGCUGGAAGCCCCUUUGCACCUCCCUGAUGCGGAAGGAGGAUUGCCCCAGGUUGGUGCGGAGUGUCAGCGGAUUCUGAAUGCACAGUGGCCGCCCGGUGGCCGCUGGGCAUAUCGGGGGGGACGUCCUCUGUUCACAGUUAGCGACCGCCCUCCAUCACUCUAAUGCCCGUGCUGGCGUACGGGAACUCAAACCCGUAGAAAUGAAAGAACCUUAGAAGCACCGGGGCAGUGUCCUCUCACUCCUCUAGCGGCACCUGCAGCUGCAGGAGGCUGGUGGCCAUGAAAGCCACGGAGUACGAAGAAACGCCCCCGCUGAAAACCCAUCCUAGUUUUAGGUUUUAGAGAUAAUACCUAACGAACAAGACCACAGGCGCUAGACCGUCAAACUGUUACUUGAAGCCCGCCACCAGCGCCGCGGCUUGCACCGCAGCCUCGCUGCCGAGGGACACGUCCACCUCCACCGCUGACCCGGUGUGAGAACUUGACCAGAGGCACGGCGGCCUUCUCAGUAACCCUGAUGGAGGCUGGCAGUGCCACGCCAUGUUGCAGGAGGGUGUACCUCAGAACUAACAGCGGCGGCGGCGAGGAUGAUCAAGUGGAGAAGCAUGACAGUCAAAUUUAACGGCGCGACGCUACGAGAAACUGAAAGUGAAAGUGAAAAGCUCAAAGUGGAAUCUCUGUAGUGAUAUUGGUAAUUCCGACGUCCCGGGAGGCACAGUACCCGAGCGUAGAUACACUGUCACCGAGAACGUCAAGAUAGUGUUUCACUUUACCACCGUGGUUUCUCAUUGCAUUCAUAACAGUGGUGCGUUGUUCCCGGCACCAGUCUUUACGAAAAUGGUGUUUGAUUUUCAUGUUUUUAGCUGGCCAUAAGCUUCAAAACAAAUUCAGUAAAACUGCUAAACAAAAAACAAAACAAAAAAAAAUUCGAAUGAUAGUAAAGUCAGUUAAUUUCUAGACUUGUGUUACUGCUUUUUUUCCAGGAGGAUUUCAGGCUGUAGGAAGGUGGAGGAACAAAGUAAGGCCGACUCCUGAAGUUUACCAACAGAAUAGAUGGGGCACAUAAGUGACAUGGACAGAACAGUGGGUGAGUGAAUACGAAGGUUAAGGCAGGGAAAGGGAAGGAUACUUGUAGUUGGAAAGUUCAAAAGAGCACUAACUUCAACAGCGGCUAUAGAAUACGGUAUGUGCUGCAUUACUGUAGCAGACUCCGAGGCUCCAUAAAAAGUAGUGGAGUAGCCUUUAACUCUGUUAGGUGAGUUGUGCGUCCCCCACACGUGAGGCGCGGCGCUGUACACCACAGACCAAGACUUUCAUGAGGCAAAUACCUGGGAAAGAUGAAAAUAGGUGACGGGGAGGAUACAAUGUUGAACUUUUGAAGGACGAUCAAGGAAAAGUUGAGGAAAUAAGUUUUAAGUAGGAAUUCAUAAUGAAGAAGGUGGAAGAAUGAUCACCGUGAAGUGGCGGGCUCCUAUGACUUACUUAAAUAGAAAUGAAGGAUGUGUGGAGGCUGUGCCCACGUGAAGUCUGAAAGAUGUAGGAAAUGAGAAGAAAUGUGCCCUUCAUUUUUUUUCAGUUACUCAAUUGUUGGGAGUUUGUUGGACAGAUGGCGUUGUAGCGUUGUGGUGCGGGGCGGAGUCGUGAGGUUGAUGGAAGACGAAUGUGUUCACUGGUGAGAGGAUCCUUGGUGAAUAUCAGAAUGAGAGUGAUGACAGAACGUAACCUUGUAGCGCUCCAUCGACGACUGGCAGCAAAAUAUCACUCGUUCGUGAGUCCGUCAUCAGGAAGCCGAAGUAUUAUGCAGUCGCUGCGUAUUAACGUAAUUCAUCUUUCGUAAACAAAGUGGAGGAAAAUCGGGAUGCUAAUUAAGAAGGAUCAUAUAUUCAAGAACCUGCCCUGACUACGUGAUUUUUUUUUUUUUUUACUACCUUAUCCAUCAUAAUUUUUGUUUUGUUUUUGCCGUUACUUGAUA